UGCGCGUUCAUUUUCAAACAAGCACCAGCAAUUCCACCAUCCCAGCCAACUGGCCAAGUCAUCGACGAACGCACAUCAUUACAAGAUACACACCGCAACCUCAGCCAGCACAGCGUUGCGCCACUGGGCAUCACAGUGCAUCAUGCCGCAGACGUACGAGUUUGACACUGAGCCAUAUCUGAUUGACGAGGAACGUCAGCGUCAGCUGAAAGAACUGCAGCUGGAGCGCGAGCGGCGCAGGAAGCGGCGCCGUUGUGGCCUCUUCUUCUGCGUUGGCAUCAUCGCCGUUGCGGCAAUCUGUGCGGUGCCCAUCAUCUACGUUUCACGCCCGCCAGCGAAGGAAAACGACAACGAUGCGUCUCAAGAUAGCACGUCCAAUACGGACACGGAAGCAGCCAUUCAGACAGAGGCCGGGUGCACGCAAACCUGCGAGGAGCACAUACAUGAGUGUGUGGGCAUGAGCGUUGGUGGUGUCUCCCUGGAUGACUUUGUUUCAUGCCUCACACGGGACGAACACCAUACGACGGUCGCGCUGCUCUCACUGGGCGCGUGCAUGUCAAGCUGCGAGGAUGGCCCAUGCGGCAGUGUUACCGGCCCUGUCGAAGAACUGUACAAGCUACAGUGCUGGGAGCGCUGUGCGUUUGCAACCGCGGACGUGAACUGUGAUCUCACAAACGCAACGAAGGCGACUGGGUCCGCAAUGUCUUCAACAUCCACUGCACACGAUGGAAAGGGUGCGGCAUCCACGACAACGUUCAGCAGCACAAGCAGCUCCAGUACCUUCACAAGCACAAGCACCAGUACCACAAGCACGCCCACUGCGACAGCAACGCCAACAAAGAAGGCGACGACCAGUGAAGCGGCUACAACGUCAACCACGAGUGCAGCAACAAUGGGUACAACAACCACAACAACAACAACAACUACUACUACAACAACAACAGCGAGUUCACCAACAACAACAACAACAACAACAGCGAGUUCAACAACAACAACAGCAACAAGGAGUACAACAACAACAGCAACAAGGAGUACAACAACAACAACAACAACAACAACAACAACAACAACAACAACAACAACAACAACAUCUACAACAACAUCUACAACAACAACAACAACAACAACAUCUACAACAUCUACUACAACAACAACAACAACAACAACAACAACGAGUACCACGACGAGUACCACGACGAGUACUACGACGACAACCACGAGUACUACGACAACAACCACGAGUACUACGACAACAACAACAACAACAACAACAACAACAACAACAACAACAACAACCACUACCACUACCACGACGCCUGCUGCAGCAACUGCCACUGGUGGUAGCACGAAGAGCAACACAAACAACCGUUGCAAAGACAAGAACAGCAACAAUGGUAAUGGUGGCACUAACCCAAACAGCAACGACGACAAGUCAAAGAAAGACAGUAUCGAUGCCUGCUCCAACAACAGCACCGCAUCGACAACUGCAAGCUCCACCACAGCAACGUCUGUCCCUUCGACAACACUCACAACAGGCACGACCACAGCCACAGGCAACGCGACAAACACGAACGACAACAACCGGUACAAGGACAAGAACGACAACGAAGGCAAUGGCGGCACCAACCCAAACAGCAACGACGACAAGUCAAAGAAGGACAGCCUCUCGACGACUGCAACAGCCACAGCUGCAACCACAACCACCACCACCACCACAACCAACCCCACCACAGCCACAGGCAACGAACCAAACACGAACGACAACAACCGGUACAAGGACAAGAACGACAACGAAGGCAAUGGCGGCACCAACCCAAACAGCAACGACGACAAGUCAAAGAAGGACAGCCUCUCGACGACAGCUGCAACAACUGCGGCAGCCACUCCCGGCAAGCGGUGAACACCGCAGCUCUAACACGUCCACUACAAUGCGACCCUAUACUCAUGCACACCGACUCGCUUCCCUUGUUUGCCUCUGCUUUGUUUCUCGCAUCCCAGCCAACCCACCAACAACGACUUGCAUGCGUGUAUGUGGCUCCUCGUGAGCUUGUGAUGAUGUUCAUGGUUUCACUAUGUCGGUUUUACACGACUCCCUUGCUUGCCUUCUUCUCGAACCCUCUCUCCUGCACACGCGCAUGCUUCCUCCAGCGUGGCAAUAUCACAC